AUGACAUCGCCCGCCAUCAACUCAUUCGACUCUUUCCCGCAAUAUGCAUUCCGACAUAGCAAACUUGGAGAGAUCAUUGGACUUGCCCGAGGAAGCGAUGUUGUCCAAUUUCGUGGAAUCCCGUUUGCUGAGAUCCCUGCCCGAUUCCGUCAGUCGCGUCUCUUAGAAUCGCUACCACGACAGCCAUUCGAUGCUAGAAAAUCUGGCGCGUACUGCCCACAACCGUUGCUGCCGUUCCCACCAUACUGGGAAGGUGAUGUCCCAGCGGAUUGCCCGAAAUUGCCAGCAGCGCCACAGGACGAAUUCGACUGUCUGAACCUCAACAUUACUGUGCCCCGGGAUGCUCUCGAGCACUCACCCCUGGAGCGCCUUCCGGUUCUCUUCUUCAUUCAUGGCGGAGCCUUCAUAGGAGGAAGCCAGUCUAUUCAACUCACUGGACGUGAAAUCUACGAUGCGACCAACCUUGUACGCGCAGCCAUCGCCCGAAAACAGCCCAUCGUGGUUGUCAGCUGCAAUUAUCGCGUUGGACCGCUAGGCUUCCUUGCAUCCAAGGAGCUCGUGGCUUUCAACCAGGCUCACGAUGAGCCAGUGGGGAACUACGGUCUCCACGAUCAGCGCCAGGCACUUGAAUGGUGUGACAAGUUCAUCGCAGGAUUUGGUGGUGAGCCUAAAAAUGUCACUAUCCAGGGUACCAGUGCGGGAGGCAGCUCAGCACACUAUCAGAGCAUUUUCCCGGGGCGCAAAUUCAGAAGGGCGAUCCUAGCAAGUGGCACACUGACCGGUAUUGGGCCUAUGUCCUUGGAAUAUCAGCAGAGAAGCUACGACAAAUACGUAUCUCGGUGUGCUGAGGCAUCAACUGCCUCUGAUGUGGAUACAGUUGCGCUUCUACAAUCGAUUACAGUGAAUGACAUGGUGAAGCCAGUUUCGGACAGCAUAUGGCAUCCAUUGAUCGACGGCGAGUGGAUUCCCGGGGCAACAAUGGAGAAGGUAUGCAAAGUGUACAGCGACGGUUCUGCUCCUGAUCUGAUGGUGGGAGCUUGCGAUUUCGAGGCCGACCUCACGCAGCUCCUGCUAAUGGAAGACAUGAUCUCCAAGAAGCCGGCAUCUGAUGCGAAGAUGCGCGAAAAAAUACACGACCUUACCUCGUCGAAUGGCAUGAUAGUCGCACCGGAGAAAUUCCCAGAUGCGUAUCCCACUAUCACGGACCUGUAUGAUAUCACAUCUUCCCUAGAACACCCUUCUUCUGCCAUGCAUAGAUGGGCCGAUAUCUUGGCCGACAUUGCGUUCCGCAUUCCUGGACUCCAUAUCGCUGCGCACCAUCCCGCCGACGUCCUGGUCUACGAGAUUCAAUGCAAGAACCCAUAUCCCUUAUGGAACUGGUCGUUCGGCCGCGCCAAUCAUGCUGUCAACGAUCUGUUUCUUUUUGAUGUAGCCCCGGACCUCGUGUCUGGAGAUUUGCAGGAUGCGCAUGCCGGGAAUGUGGCGCAGAUCCGCGCUGCAUGGCUUGACUUUUGCUAUGGCAAGCUACCCUGGGAGCCAUAUCGGAUGGGUGGCGACGAGCUAGGACCAAUGCACAUUUUCGAUCAUGGAACUAAGGGACGAGAUGGCCAGACUCUAGAGCAGGCGAUAGGUGAGACGUUGGCACGGAAAUGGAGAGCCAUUCUAGAGGCCAACCAAAGGUUACUGGAAGAAGAUGGUUUGGCUACAAACAAUAUAUAG